AUGAACAGCCUAGCCAUCGUUCUGCUCUUCGCCCAAGCUUGCUUGGUUCAGAAUGCAUUCAGCACAUGCUUAAACAACAUCUAUGGAGCUGGUCUCGCUUAUCCAGGUGCUUAUGGUUUGGAGGCAGGUCUUGCAGGUCCUUAUGCUCUAGAAGCAGGUCUUGGAAUCAAUGGCUUCGGUUUGGAUGCUGGUUUGGCUGGUCCAUACGCUCUGGAGGCUGGUUUGAAUCCAGCUUUCGGUUAUCCAGCUUCUUUAGCUGGCUUAGCUGGUGCUGGUGCUUAUGGCGGUUCUGGAAUUGGGGAUAUAGCAGUGGCUGGUGAGAUGCCCGUCGCUGGAACCACCCUCGUCGCUGGACAGGUGCCCAUACUCGGAGCUGUUCGUUUCGCUGGUGACCUGCCCGCCGCUGGUACCGUCUCCAUCACUGGAAGCAGCGCCUGCGGUUGCGGACGCUACAUAUAA